AUGCCGAACAGAUACGGAUAUUGCAGCUAUUGCCUCCUGCGCUAUACCGAUCUGGACGAGCAUGUGAACAGUCCGGAACACAAAUUCAUGACCGCACAGAAUAGAGAACGGAUGGGUGGUGGACAAGGAGGACCAGCAGGACAAGGAGGACCAGGAGGAUCAGGAGGAGCAGGAUCAGGAGCAGGAGAACGAGAUGCUGAGGUCCCCAGUAGUAGUUUGAUGGAACGUUUCUUGCAGGAUGUCCUGCUGCACCACCCCUAUCAUUAUCAAGAAAGCAGAUCAGGACCAAAUGAGAAUAACGCCCCGCCUGCUGGGAAUAAUGCACCUGCCAGGGAUGACGCAGCUGCUGAAGUGAUUCUCAUGGAUGACUCUGCUUCUGAAGGAAUGGCUGAUGAUGCUCCUGGAGCCAGAGGAGAGAUACCCACCCACAAUUCUGAACCUACUGGAGAGUUGCAUUCUAGACCUAGUGUGUCACAGGAAUGUAUGCAGGGUGUUCCAAUUCGGCCAUCAGUUAUUCAAAAAUUGGAGAAGGGGCAGCAGAAGCCCUUGGAGUUUGUUUAUAAAAUUGGGAGUGGCCUGAAAGGAUUUAAUCCAGUAGGUGUUGGUCAAGCUACAAAUACUGGGAAAAACCCAUUAGGUCCCUCAGUGAUUUCCACUGCUCCUGCUCGUCCUUUGCCCGAGAGUUCUAAUGCUCGACCAGUUAUAACUAGCACUGCUAGGUUACCAGUAGCAGCCAGUUUGGAUUCGGUUAACAAAUGUGACCCAAACAAAGUUGACAGAUCCCUUGAACAGGGAGACGGGGGCUCUAGAAAUCCUAUGCCCUCAACCAGUCUAGAAAAUUCUUCACGUUUAAAUCCGAAACCUAAAGAGUCAAAUAGAAAAUCUGUAUGUAUAAAUCCAGAUAAAUCGGUUAUACAGGAAGAUGUAAAAUCUCGGGGUAAAACUCCGUCACCUGGCUUUCAAUCACGUGCAUCUAUGGGUCCUGAGGGUUCCUUAAAGGUUGAGUCAGUUUCCAAAUUAGCAGUUAACCCCACCAUCAAUCAGAAUAAAACUGAUAUGCCUUCUAAUAAAGGAACCUUUGAAGGUGCCAUUCCAAAGCACCAGGAGAAAUCCUUUCCGAAUGUGGAUCGUACCCAAGACAGAAAGCAGGUGGUUUUUAACAAGCCAGCCUCUCUGGAACAGAAAUGCUCGGUGAUUACUAAAAUGGACUUUGCUUGUGGCUCUCAGUCAGUGUCUGAUCAACCUGAAGUGGCUGUACAAGAUCUUUGCAGCGAGGGGCAAAUUGACCAAGAAGACAAGACCUAUGAAUCAAGAGCUUCUGAGAUGAGUUUUGAUUGCAGUUCCUCUCUUUAUUCAGUGACUGACCAACCGAAAGUGACUGCCCAAGAAACAAACCUUUCCGAGGAAGUGCGUGAUGAUUUGCAGCAGAACAGCAAUGAAUCUUGUGCUUCUGAAAUAAGUUCUGUUCACGAUGGCCCUCUGCAGUUGGCUACCAACCGAAUCCAAGUAAUUGUUAAAGGCACUAGUGUUCAGAAGGCAGUGCAUGUUCGCCUGGUUGAUGAAAGCUACGACUCCAGUGAUUCUGAGAUGAAUUUUGAUGGUGACACCUCAGUUCAGCCAACUGAUGACGACGCCCAGCAGCCUGCAGAAGAAGUAGACCUUCCUCAGGAGGCACCCAUGGACUUAGAUAACAACUAUGGAUCUGAUAGCUCUGAAAUAAGUGCUGGUUCUGUUGUACCACUUCAGUCAGUGGUUGAGGAACUCCCAGUGGCUGUCACUGACACAGAACCUCAGGAGAAGGUGUACACUGGCUUGGUUGAUAUGAACUAUGGGUCGAGUUGUUCUGAAACAAGUGUUGGUUGUGAUGUUUCUCUUCAGUCAGUAAUUGUCCAUCCCCAACCGACUGUCAAAGAAGGAGACCCAAAGGAGGGGCCUGUCUACCUGAAAGAUAGCAACAAAUCCAGUAGUGCUCAAGCACAUCUUGACUGUGAUACCUCUCUCGAGGCAGUGACUGAUGAACCUCAGAGGGCUGCUGAAGGAAUCAAUCUUCCGAAAGAGAACAAUGACCUUACGGAUAUGAACUGUGACUAUUACAGUCCUGAAAUGAAUCUCCACACUGAUGCUCAGUUAGUGGCUGUCCAACCUCAAGUAGCAGUUCAGGAAGUAAACCCUCAAGAAGCAGCUAUUGACCUGCAGAAUAAGAGUGCUAACUCUAGUGUUUCUGACCUAACUGUUAAUUCUCAUGCUUCUCUUCAACAGUCAGCUAAUGAACAACCUCCCGGAGCUCUGGGCGACAUAAAUAUGAAAGAGUUAAAUGUUGAUGUGGAAGUUAAGAGCUAUGGAUGCUCUAGCUCUGAGUUCACUUUUGAUUCUGACCCUCCUCUUCUGUCAGUUACUGAGCAUUCUGAGCUGAAUGGCGAAGAAAUAAGGAAAAAGGACAUGAACAUGGAAGAUGAGAGCUGUGGGUCAAAUAGUUCUGAAAUGACUUUUAAUUCUGAUAUUCAUCUUUGCCCAGUAGUUGGCCAACCUCAAGUAGCUGAGGAGGAACCUGUUGAUCAGGUAAAUAAGAAUAAUGAAUUUUGUGGUUCUGAAAUGGCUUUUGAUUCCAAUGUACCUCUUCCUUCAGAGACUGAUCAAUCUGAACUAGGUGUUAAAGAAGUAAUUAAUCAGAAAGAAGACUAUAAACACUUAGGAAGGAAGAAUGAUGAACCCAGUGGUUCUAAAAUAAGUUUGGAUUUUUAUGUCCCUCCUCUUUCAGUGACAAAUUCUCCUGGAGUUCUUGCUAAAAGACUGAAACUUCAAGAAGAAGAACCGAUGCACAUUGAGCCUAGUGUUUCUGGAUUAAGUUUGAAUUAUCACUCAACAAUUGGACAUUCUGAAAACCCCAGUGAAGAAGUAAACCUCCAGAAAGAUGAGUAUGUACAGCUGGAAAAUAAGGACAAGGGUAAUGAAUUAAAUGUUUCUGAAGCAAGAUUGGAUUUUGGUAUCCCCUUUCAGUCAGUUAUUCAAAGAACUGAUGUAGUUCUUAAACAAAUGUUGCUUCAAAAAGAAAAGCAUGCUGCCUUUAGCAGUUCUGAAAUAAAUUUAGAUUCUGAUGUCUCUCAUUAUUCAGUGACUGAACCUCAAAUAGCCGUUAAAGAAAAAAAUGAUCAGAAAGAUGAAUAUGUUUUAAAAAACAAGAGUGAUAAAUAUAGUGGCUCUGAAAUAAAUGUCCUUCCUCAUUUGAUGACUGCAAAACCUCAGCUAGCUCUAGCCCUUUUGAAGAAAAAACAUGUUGAUCUGGAGAACACAAGCAGCAAAUCUAGCGAUUGUAAAGUAAAAUUGGGGUCUAAUGACCCUCUUCAGCCAAUGACUGCACAAUUUCAGAACGUGAUUCAAAAAACAAACCUGUGGGAGGCAAAGGAUAUUGACAUAGAAAAUAAAGUCGAUAAACCUAGUGAGUCUAAAUUAAUACAGGAUUCUGAUAUUUCUCCUCAGUCUGUGCCUGAUCAACCUGAAGCAGCUAUUAAACAAAUAAACCUUGAGAAUGAAGGUCAUGUAUACUUGGAAGAUAAUAACAGCCAAUAUAGUGGUUCUGACAUGAGCUUGGAUUCUGAUUACUUGGCUCAGUCAACAGUUGAUCAAUCUCAAAUAACUAUUUUGGAGAAAGAGCAUAUUGAGCUAGAAGAUAAACACCGUAAAUCCUGUGGUUCUGAAAUAAGUUUUGACUCUGAUGACCCUCUUCAGUCAGUGGCUGAGCAGGUUAGAGAAACUGUUAAAGAAAUAAGCCUGUGGAAGGAUGAAGAUGUGGAAGAGACAACGGAUAAAUCUGAUGGUUUUGCAAUUAUGUAUGAUUCUAAUGUUCAUUUUCAGUCAGUGGCGGGCCAAACUGAGGAAAUUAUCAAGGAGAUUAACCGUUGGAAGAAGCCUGUAGACAUGGAAGGUAAGAUUGUCAAACCCAGUGAUUCUACACUAAAUUUUGACUCUAAUGAACAUGUUCAUUCUGUGGCUAAUGAAAUUCAAGAGGCUACUGCAGAAAUAAAUCUUCUGAGGGAGGGACAUGCUUGUCUGCAUGACAAGGGCUAUGAUCCCAAGGAUUCUGCAAUGAUUUAUGUUUCAAAUGUCCAUUUUCAACCAGCAGUUGAGCAACCACACAUGUUGGAAGAGGAACAUGCCAAUUUGGACGAUAAGAGCAAUGAUUCUGGUGGUCCUGAAAUAAGUUUUACUUGUGACGAUCCUCUUCAGUCUGUGGCUGACCAGCUUGAAAACGCUGGUAAAGUAAGUCUUUGGAAGGAAGGCCAUUUUUACCUGGGAGAUACCUACAAACUAUCUGGUUAUCAAAUAAGUUGUGACUCUGAUGCUCCUGUCCAGUUAGUGGUUGGUCAAUGUCCCGUGGCUGUCAAAGAGAUAAACUUGGAAAAGAGGGACCAUAAUGACUUAGGAAAUCAGCACUGUGAACCGAGCAUUUCUGGAAUAAACUGUGAUCCUGGUAUUCAUCUGCAGUUAGAAGUCGACCAACCUCACAUGGUUUGCAAAGAAAUGAACCUUCAGAAGACAUCGCAUCUUGGCAUGGAAGAAAAGACUAGUGAUUCUGAAAUAAUGUCUGAUUCUGAUGUCCCUCUUCAAAUAAUAGUGGAUGAAUUUCAGGUGUCAGUCAAAGAAGCAGAUCCUCAGAAGAUGCUGUUGGUGGACCUGGUGACCGGUGACAGUGAUUGUGAAGUGAUUGCUGAUUCUGAUGCCUCCUGUCAGCCAGUGAUUGACUCACCUCAAGUGACUGUCGAAGGCAUUGCCGGUAUAAAUGCAAAAAGUUUUGAUCUAGAAGGUGCAUGCUGUGACUGUUGUGAUUCAGAACUAGGAUAUGUUUGUGAAGGCUCUCCUCAAUCAGAGUCAAACCAAUCCAGAAAGACUUUCAAAGUAGUAAACCAGAAGAAAGACUAUAUCAUUCUGGAAGAGUCAACCUGUGAGCCUUAUGGUUCUGAAAUAAAUGUUCAAAAGGAUGCCUCUCGCCAGUCCAAGACUCACCAACCACCAGCGCCUGAUAAAAAAAGGGCAAAAAAAAGUAACCCAAGAGGCAGGAGAGGUAAAUCUACUAGUCCUAAAAGAAAAUGUAAUUGGGAAGAGACUUCUCAGCCAAAGACUCGUCAACAGCGGAAAGCUAACAAAGAAGACAACACGCAGAAAGAUCAGAAAGGCCAGAGAGGUAAGCGCGGUCGACGCAGUGUUUCUGCAAAGGGCCGUAAUGCCUCGCCUGAGUCGGCAGACCUUCAAAUGGCUAAUGGAGAUAACCGUUUGAAGCUGAAGUUAAAGUUAAAACGUACAGAUGUAAAAAAUAAGGACUCUAAAGCUUGUGUUUCUGGGGUGAAUAUUCAGUGUGAUCGCUCUUUUCAGUCUGACAAUGACCGUACUCAAAAAGGUGUGAAGAAGAUGUCUUUUAGCCUGAAAGAAAUGAAGCGUGACUCCUAUUCAAGCUCUGGUUCUAAGGGUGGUUCUGGAAGGAGAUCAAAAAAAGCAAAGUUGGUUUUGGAAGAUAAGGCUGAUGAACCAGUUCUUGAAGCCUUGCCUCAUGUCCCUCCUUCAUUUGUGGGGAAAACAUGGUCUCAAAUCAUGAUAGAAGAUGACAUAAAAAUUAACACUCUUGUGAGGGAAUUUAAGGAAGGUCGUUUCCACUGUUACUUUGAUGAUGACUCAGAACCCAGGAAAGUAAAAAAAAAAUAUUCGAGUGAAGAAAGAAAGAUUGUCUCAUCAGACCUAAAUGACACUGCAUUCAUUGAAGUUCUGUUAGAAUGUGAUUAUAAUGUUGAUGACUUUUCAGUAGCCUUAGAUAAACCUAGCCAUGACCCUAUAGAAAAGAUGCCUUAUGAACAAACCUGGCGAGUGACUUCUAGAGUCCAGACUGUAAAAGUCAGCAGUGGAGCUCAAACCAGUCUCAUGAGUUACAUAGUGACAAAAAGAGUAAGUGAACAUGAGACAUACUCGCCAUCACUGAAGCGUUUACUUUUACCCAACGACAGGAGACCAAAAAAGAAAAUCCAGAUUGGAAGAUUUGAAUUUCUUGAAUCAUAUACUAACAUUUUGAAGCCUUUGCACCCCAAUGCCUUAGUCUAUGUUGUUUCUUCAAAUGUUAAGCUGAAUGAAGGUGAAUCCUUCAACGUCUCUGAAAUUAGCCAGCAGAAUGAUAAAAACAAUCAGGACAUUAACAUCCAGUACAAAUAUAAACUGAGUUCCUUUGAUUGUUAUGACUCAUUGAAUAAACAAACUGUAAUUAAUCCUCCUCUGAACACAGAAAUACUAGAGUCUGACAGGAAUGAUGACUGGAUUCAAAUUCGCUUUAGUGACCUAACCUCCAGUGAAGGAGAUGACGAUGCUCAUGUACAAAGCUCUACUUCGUCACCUUUUAUAACAGUGUCAGUAAGACAUGAAUUAACAUCUGACCAGGGGGCCAAUGGGUCUUCCGUAUUUCUGGCAAAAUCAGAGAUCUUGAAAUCUAGUGAAGUUCCGAAAGAGAGGAAUUUCCAGUUAACCCUCUUAAAUGGUGAUGCUGCCAAAAUCUCACAAAAAUCAGUGAGAAAUAAGUACUUAAAAAGUAAAAAGAAAGUUCAGAGAAGGAAGGUGCCAACUAAGAAGAAGCCAGGUUUACCCAAAAAGGUGUACAGACCAGUUGUUGUUCAGGAAAUAACCAGAAUCACCCCAGAAAAACAGUCAACUUGGAUUCCUACCAAACUAAACGAUAUAAUUAGAAAGUAUAUUUCAAAAUACUCUGUUUUUUUGCGUCGCAAGUAUCAGUCCAGGAGGGCUUUUUUUGGAAUGCAUCUUAAAAAGACAAAAUCUGCUCUCAAUAGGUUAAAGAAGGCGAAGAGACCAGCCAAGAUGCUUUCAAGCUCGGUUCCAUCAGCUGAUGCCGAAAAGCAGUUCAGUGCUGUCCAGAGCUCUUCUCCCAAGCAAUGUGUGCAGGAUUCUUCCAGCAUUGCAGAAACUAAGAAGAAUGGUAAUAAAAAACGCCUCAGAAGAAAGCAAAAAAAGCGUCCUAAACCUGUUAGAGUAUAUGAGUUGAGAAGCUUAUAUUCUCAGGUGCCAUAUUCUCAUAGAAGGAUGACUCGCCUAUUACACAAAUUGUUGCUCAGCAAGGCAAACAAGAAGUGUUUGUGCUGA